AUGUCCCCUUUUGAUUCUUCUCCUGAGACAAGUCACAGCAACAGCACUAGUCCAAGUGGUGGUGGUGAUGUGUUGUUGAAAUGGGGUAAAAGAAAGAGAUCAAGAGUUUCUAGAACUCUGAUUGAAGAUUCAUCAUCUUCUAUUCAUACAAAUCAAAGGAAAAAGUUUCCUGCUAAGUUUUCAUCUGCAUCAACCAUGCCUCCUCCACCACCACCAUUUGUUUCUUCUUGUGCUACCUCCAAUGCUAGAGUUAGAAAACAUAAUUAUAACUCUAGGAAUUUGGAAGAUUCUUCAGAAGCUUCAAGAAUGAGUUCAAUUGUUUCUAGAUCUGCAGAACAAAAAGUAUGUGAAAGAAGUAAUAGAAGAAUUCCUUGUUCUAAUUCAGGAGCAAAGUGUAAUAAGAAGAAGCAAAAUGGAUCUUCAACAACAGAAGCUAGUGAGAGGUUAUUGAAUUGUGAUGAUGAUAGUAAUGGAGGAAAAGUUAGUGUUAAGGUAAUUCAAUGGCCCAAGAUAUACAUUGCUCUAUCGAAAAAAGAGAAAGAAGAUGAUUUUCUUGCAAUGAAAGGGACUAAAAUAUCUCAAAGGCCAAAGAAAAGGGCAAAGAACGUUGAUAGAACUCUUCAGUGUUGUUUUCCUGGGAUGUGGCUACCAGAUCUAACAAAGAGUAGAUAUGAAGUUAGGGAGAAGAAAUCUGUCAAGAAGCAAAAGGGUAGCAGAGGCUUGAAAGGAAUGGAAAGUUUGGAAUGUGAUUCAGAGUAA